UUUGGACUAUUCGCGAAAGCGGUCGGCCCACCUUCGCUUUCCUGCGUACGACCCGAGCUCCGGUGCGACAUCACAACCCGGCCCCGAACCCCCAGUAAAGCGCUGCAAACGCCCUCUCUCGUGGCCUUAUAUCACCAACGACCUUGAAAAUCCAUCUCCGCCUGCCUCACUUCCCCCGAGCGCGCACCAGCCGCCCUCGUCCCUAUUAUUCCCAUCCCGCCGCGGACCAAACCCCCUGCGUCCACCCCUCCCGCCGCGCUUCUCCAGCUCGGAGGCGGCUGUGAGGAUGCUUAGCAAGACACACGAAGAUGAGAGUGUCAUAAAGACGGUCACAUUAGCCCGCGGCACCUUCAGCGGACAAAGCCCCCCGGGGAUCGGCCCGUCGAGUGCUGCGAGGAGCACAACGGAUCGGUCGAGCUUCGGAAGCAUAUCGAAGUCCUCCUCGUCGCCGGAGACUGGAGAUGGCGCGCGGACACUUACUCAGAUCGGGAUACUAGAGUUGAUGGAACAGGAUACGAGACCGACCUUCGUGGUGGAUUUGGCCGAAGCGAGGAACUACAAUUCGGGUCCGCUGCACGUCAUUUGGGCAAACUCGGCCUUAUCAAGAGGUUGCCCGGGACUGCUGGAAGCCGUUUCGGGCGAGCUACGAGAAUCGUCAAAUGGCAGCGAUUUACCUCACCCAAAAGACUUCGGGCAGUUCAAAUCAUGGACGCUGUCGGCUGUGAUGAUCGGGGAUGGUCUGGAUCCUCUGCAGCCAACCAUCUAUUUCAAAGACAUGACAUGGUCGUGCUCGACGAUUCGGAAACGGUUGCGUGUUGUGAGCGCGCUCAAGGUCUUACCGAGGAUACAGUCCAGAGCAGCAUCAGCAAGAGUAUCGCCAGCGAUCGGGCAUCAUUCUCGUCCUUUUAUGGAGCCUCUUCGGAGCAUUUCUUCCGCCACCAACUUAACCACCGUCCUCCAAUCCGCCGAAGAGCCCCAAGACUACUUCGGUGGUGCAGGCUCUCUAGCAGCUACCGUAUGCCUUUCACCACCUCCCUCCGAACCAAAAACAUCCUCCCCCCACGAAAUACCUAGCUCUAUAAUCGCCUCGGAGCCUACUUCACAACCUCACUCAACCGCGACCGAAAUCUCGAAAAGCCCUCGAUCUCCCAGAACGCCUGGUUCCGACAACAUACACCCUAUCAGGACACUAAAAAACCAGAUAUCCUCUAUCUUCGAGACCCACCCCUCCUUAACGAAUGAGUGCGUACUAAGUGCCGCUGCCUCUGCCGAUAUUGACUCCUUUACUAGCCCCUCGUAUGGGACCUUCGGUGCGAACCUCCCCUCCGGUAAUCGAGACGAUACGAGUGCUCUACAAGACGAAGACAACAUUGGCGAUAUCGGCUUCUUCGACUGGACUCGACUGUCCCCGACAGUGUCACUGCCCACACAUAUCCAGUUCGCACGCGAUCGGGACUGGGCAUCCACCAGCCUCGGUCCGAUGGACUUUUGGCCACCGGACUUAAGGCAGAUGUGCAAUCUUAUCAUGGCAAGCCCUCAUCCCGCCGCAAUGUAUUGGGGAGAAGACCUUGUCGCGAUUUAUAACGAAGCAUACGUCCUACUUGCCGGCCAGAAACACCCGGAAUUGAUGGGCCAGAGCUAUAAAGCCGCCUGGGUCGAGAUUUGGGACGAGGUCAAGGAUGUUUUCCACAGCGCUCGAGACACCGGGCAAGCGACAAUGAAGGACGAUGAUUGUCUAUUUAUCAUGCGGAAUAGCUUUCUAGAGGAGACUUACUUCUCUUGGUCGAUCAUCCCCAUGGUUGGUAGCGAUGGGACUGUGACCGGUCUUUACAACCCGGCGUUUGAAAAAACCAGACGAAAAAUCGCUGAACGACGCAUGUUCACGCUUCGGGAAGUUGGUGAGCGAACGGCGACAGCGAGGGAUGUCAAGUCCUUCUGGGGACUGGUUACGGAAGCGCUUGCCACAAACGAACGAGACACGCCAUUCGCACUCCUCUACUCCGUUAGCGACGAAUCCGAUCGAGAGAGUAGUAGCAUCCACUCCAACAGCGCCAUGGAAGACAAACAUUGCUUUCUUGAAGGCGCACUUGGCGUACCAGACGGACAUCCGUGCGCUCCGAAACAAAUCGAGUUGAAGAGCGGAAUGGAGGGGUUUGGGCCAUUCUUCCGUGAAUGCAUGAACACCGACAAGCCUGCUCUACUACACAUUGCCUGGGAUACGUCGGUGAAGAAUGGCGAUGGCGCUGAAAUUGGCGAAGAGCGGUUUGGAGAAAUUCCGGCGGCAACGAUGGAAGGGAUUCAAUGGAGAGGAUUUGGCGAUCCCUGCCGGUCGGUGGUGGUGUGUCCUGUGCAUCCGACGACUGGCGAACUGAUCUUGGGCUACCUUGUGCUCGGGGUCAAUCCUCGUCGACCGUUCGACGAUGAUUAUAGCCUAUUCCUACAGCUUUUGAGUCGACAAUUGGCCACUUCUCUGGCUUCGGUUGUCCUUUUCGAAGAAGAGAUCAGAAGAGGGAAAAAGGCAGCAAAAAUUGCCGCGUUGGAUCACAUCGAGCUAUCCCAACAACUUGCUGCUCGGACACAAGAAGCAAGGGAUAUCGAGACGAGGUUCACGCGCAUGGCGGAGUUCAGUCCUGUGGGACUUUUCAUCGCGAACUCCAAUGGGAACGUCGUUUACUGCAACGACGCCUGGUUUGAGAUCACCAAGGUUCCGAAAGAGGAGGAUUGCUUUGAUAAGUGGAUGGAUUCCGUCAAAGAGGAGGACCAGGAACGAAUCCGGGGAUUAUGGAAGCAGCUGGUCGAGAACAAGACGGCUGUCACUGCCGAGUUUCGAUUCAAAGCGCCCUGGCAGGACCAGAAGGGCAACACGACGGACGGCACUUGGGUACUAUUCAGCGCGUACCCCGAACGAUAUGCCGCGGAUUGCGUGGGAUAUCCGGCUGGAAGCUUGAAGAGCAUCUUCGGUGUGAUAACCAACAUCAGCCAGCAGAAAUGGGCGGAAGAUUUCCAGAAGCGCAAGAUGGAGGAGGCCGUCGAGCUGAAACGGCAACAGGAGAACUUCAUCGACGUGACCAGUCAUGAGAUGAGGAACCCGCUAAGUGCGAUCCUGCAAUGCGCCGACGAAAUCCAAUCAACCUUACAUGGUUUCAUCGAGCAGGAAGACCGCGUGAUGGACAAGCAUGUUGUGCAGGACAACAUCGAUGCGGCGGAGACGAUCGCACUUUGCGCCAUGCACCAGAAGAGAAUUGUGGACGAUAUCUUGACGUUCUCCCGAUUGGACUCUGGAUUGCUCAUCGUGACUCCUAUCGACGUCCAACCGUUAACCAUCGCUCAGAAAGCGGUCAAGAUGUUCGAAGGCCAGCUACAGAACGCCGACAUCCACAUGAACUUCAUCAUCGAUCCAUCGUACCACAAACUGGGCAUCGACUGGGUUAAAAUGGACCCCAGCCGCGUCCUCCAAAUCUUCAUCAACCUCAUCACCAACGCCAUCAAAUUCACAUCCGAAGGCCCCCAACGCACCAUCACCCUCACCAUCGCCGCCACCACCGAGCCGACGCGCGACCGCGGCCGGGAGGUGCCGUCCAAAUCCUCCCCUGACUUGCCCACCUGGGUCGAUUACUUCCCGACCCGCUCCCAGCGGCCUGACAUCACCGACAGCAGCCCGGACUGGGGCACUGGCGCGCCCGUGUACAUCCACUUCGCCGUGCAGGACACCGGAAAAGGCCUCACGGAAAACGAGAAGAAGAUGCUAUUCCUCCGCUUCAGCCAGGCCAGUCCGCGCACGCACGUGCAGUACGGCGGGUCGGGCCUGGGACUCUUCAUCUCCCGCGAGCUGACCGAGCUACAGGGCGGCGAGAUCGGCGUCGCGAGCGAGGCGGGCAAGGGUAGCACGUUCGCGUUCUACAUCAAGGCGCGGCGCUGUGAGAACGCGGUUGAGGAGAUGGUCGUUCCGGUGCCGCUGGCGGUCGAUCGGGAGGGUAGCCAGUCGAGGGCGGGGAGUCGCGGGCCAGAUAGCGGGUCGACGUCGAGAGUGCGGCUGGAUGGACUGUCACCCGCGCGGGAGCCGGCGUCGAGGAAGAGCUGGCACGUGCUGAUCGUGGAAGAUAACCUGGUCAAUCAGCGGGUACUGGUUAAGCAGUUGCGAAACAAAGGGCUGGCGAUCUCCACGGCGAACCAUGGUGGCGAGGGGCUCGAGGUGCUGAAGAAGAGUAAACUUUGGCACAGAAAUCGGACGAAGUCCGAGCGGGAAGCGCCGCAUAUUGAUGUGGUGCUCAUGGAUCAGGAGAUGCCGGUCAUGGACGGGUUAGAGGCCACGAAAGCGAUUCGAGAGUUGGAAAGGAAAGGGGAGCUGCUCGGACAUGUGCCGAUCAUUGCGGUAACGGCAAAUGCGAGGAGCGAACAGGUGAAGGCUUUGUUGGAUGCGGGAUCAGACGAUGUCGUCUCCAAGCCAUUCCGGAUUCCGGAACUCAUACCGAAGAUUGAGGAGCUGGCCGACAAGUUUACGAGGGGGGUUUGAUUUGGCGCUGCAAUCUCAUUUAUUGGCAUCUAAACCAUUGGCAAACGAAACAUCACGUUGGUUUUGGUCAUGUCUUUCCUCGGGUAUACAUCUACAAGUAUGCAUAUGGACGGCGUUAUUGGGCUUCUGAUACCAGAACAAGAUCACGGCGGAAUGGAAUCUCGGCACGCAUCCCGUGCAUCUAGCGGAUAUUUUGUCGGCAUUGCCGAUUACGGA